GUUUUAUCCUAAAUUAAUUUUAUGCUGGAAUAUCCCUUUAAGUCCGAAAAAGAUGUUGCAGCUGAGUAAAAAAAAUGUCAUGCACAGUUUUGAGCCAGUAUCUGAUCAAGUUUGGUAUCAGUCAAAAUUAAAGGCUACAAUAUCGGUAUCGUAUCGGAAAUCAAAAAGUUGUAUCAGGACACCACUAGUUACAUCAUCCAUCAUUCACAAACACUGCCGGUCCCCCUCCUUUCCUCUUACCGCUCACUCUUGUUUUGUCUGCCUGAAUCAACUGUUUUAUUUCAAAUUUUAACGACACUAAUGAUACAGAAAUCGUUACUGUCCAAGAUUGGUCCCUUUUUAUCUACAUUUCUUUGAGGUUUAUAAUGCAAUCUUUCUUUCAGUAUGUUAUGCAAUGAACACUUUGUUUAAGUUGUUCCAGUUUUUAUCUCUGUCUGAUGGUCCAGGUUAAUGCUCUGUGGCAACAGGCUCCAGAGGAAUGUGCUCCAGCCCACAUUGUGUUCAGGCAUUAUUAUUAUUUAGUUCUCAGAGAGGUGACGCACUCGUCUUUAUCACAAACACUCUCAUGGUUCAUUAAGAGUAUGAAGUCAGAGAGAUGGUUUAUACCAGAGAGAGACUGAUGAUAAUCACACAUUCCUCCUUCUCUCCCUGCGUCUCUGUGUCUCCGUCUCAUGUACGAUCAUGCAAACGCGCAUCCUUAGAAAACAGUGAAGCAGACAAGUUCAAUCAGACUCAUUCAGGUUAGAGCUGAAACUCCUGCUGCUGGUGGUGCUGAUCUAACAGAGCGUGGAGAAAAGACAUACACACACCACACUGUCUGACCCUCAUCUGCAGACCGCUCAAGUGUCAAUAGAGCCUGAUAAUCACAGAGCAGAGGUCUCAGGGCCAAAACAAUUCACACUCACACAAGCGCACAAACACGGUAUCCUGUGAUAGAACCACUAUCAGCACCUGACACCUCGAAAACAGGAAAACGUUUCAGUGGGGACACAGAUGUGUUGAAGAGUUUGGAGGAGGGGCAUGAACAGCUUUAAAACCCUGUGGAAAGAAAUCUCAGCUCCACUCCGUCAGCACAGCAGAGGGACCUCCGUCAUGUCGUACUAUGAGGUAAGACUGUGUGUCCAUUCACAAAUCUGUGUCCAGGAUUCAUAGUUUCCUUCUUCAUCAAACUAUCUUCAUCUUAACUGUCUGUCUUUCUGUCUGCAGCAUAUCUUCCUGGACUAUGAAUUUAAUGACACCGGCUCAGGUUCUGGUUCAGGGGAUCUGGGAGUGGAUUUUGAGGAGCCGUGUGAUGUGGAGCACGUGAUGACAGCAGACUUUCAGCGUGUCUUCCUGCCAGUGGUCUACGCUCUCAUCUUCACUCUGGGCAUCACAGGAAACGGCUUGGUGGUCGUGGUGCUUGGCUGCCAACGCAGGUUAGAAAACAGACAGUGGGUCAGAGGUUGUAGGCAUCAACUCAGAUAAAACCUCACUAAGAAUUGAGGUUUUACAGUUUCCUGUGUUUGUCUGCAGGUCGAAGUGCAGCCUCACAGACCGGUAUCGCCUCCACCUCUCAGCUGCUGACCUCCUCUUCGUCCUGGCGUUGCCGUUCUGGGCCGUGGAUGCAGCUCUUGCAGACUGGCGCUUUGGAGCAGCCACCUGUGUUGGUGUUCAUGUGAUCUAUACGGUCAACCUGUACGGCAGCGUGCUCAUCCUGGCUUUCAUCAGCCUGGACCGCUACCUGGCGGUGGUCCGAGCUACAGACACAAACACUGGUGGGCUGAGGCAGCUGCUGGCAUACAAGCUGGUUUAUGUUGGUAAGUGAUCCACCUCAAUCCCUCUUAUUUUUCCUCUUCUACAUCCCCUCCCCUCAUCUUCUCACUUUGUUUUAUCUUUUUCUCUUUGCAGGUGCCUGGUUGCCCGCCGCUCUACUUGCAGUGCCGGAUUUGAUAUUUGCUCGGACCCAGGAAGGAGGUGAGGGGGCCACUCUCUGCCAGCGAUUCUACCCUGCAAACAAUGCUCCUCUCUGGGUCGCAGUCUUCCACCUCCAGCUGGUCCUGGUGGGUCUUGUGGUCCCCGGCUUAGUCCUCCUUGUGUGCUACUGUGUCAUUGUCACCAGAUUGACUCGAGGCCCACUGGGGGGCCAGAGACAGAAGCGUCGGGCAGUCCGGACCACCAUCACGUUGGUUCUUUGCUUCUUCCUGUGCUGGCUGCCAUACGGGGCGGGGAUCUCUGUGGACGCUCUGCUGCGGCUGGAGGUGCUGCCCCGCGGCUGUGGCCUGGAGGCUGUGUUGGGCGUGUGGCUGGCAGUGGCUGAGCCCAUGGCGUUUGCACACUGCUGUCUGAACCCGUUGUUGUACGCCUUCCUGGGUGCUGGGUUCAAGAGCUCGGCACGCAGAGCUCUUACUCUGAGCCGGGCGUCCAGUUUGAAGAUUUUACCACGAAGACGCCCCGGGGCCUCCACUACCACAGAGUCUGAGUCCUCAAGUUUACAUUCCAGUUAAUGUUUGCUAAUUCUGUUCAUGUAUAUAUGUGUAUAUACUGUAUAUAUAAAUGUGUGUUUGUGUGUGAGAUGGUUUAAACAAAGUAACAGAGGAAGUGAGGAGCAGUCUGCUGGUCCAAGACUGUGAUGUUUUUCUUGUAAAUACUGUAAGAAGAUGUGUUGUUUGCUGCUGCAGAGCCUGUUUUUCACUGUUUGUAAUAAAAUACUCAAAAUACA